UCCAACAAUAAGGGCAACUACAUCCUUUUCGUUUCAAUAAUGGCAUAUUAGAGGCAUUAUAAAGUUAUACAAAUAGCAAUAGCAUGUAAGCAUGAGAUAGAAAGGACUACAGCAAACUACCAUACCAAACCUUUGUCAAAACAUUUUCGGAUUUUGUCCAGUCAUUUUCCAAAGCACACAAGAUGUCUCAAAACUUGUCAGAUGAAAGAAUAAAGAGCUUAAUAUAUGAGUGUGCACUGAAUUAAGUUGCAGUAUAAUCCACCACAAGAACCUCAUAUCCUCAAUAUUAGCACUGCAGCUGAAGAAAAAACAUGGCGUGCAUGUGGCGCAAGAAUGCCUGCAGUGGCAAAAAACUUCCAUCAGACGUGCCGCGAGGCCACUUGGCUGUGAUAGUAGGAGAGGCAAACAGGAGGUUUGUCAUAAGAGCUGACUACCUGAACCACCCAUUGCUUCAACAACUGCUUGAUCAGGCAUAUGAAGGACAUGGCUUCAACAAGAGUGGUCCUCUGGCUAUACCUUGUGAUGAGUUCCUAUUUGAAGAUAUUCUUCAGUCCCUUGGUAGAGGAACUCGCACACGUCGAUCCUCUUCCCCUGUGCUUACAAAAAAGCUAGAUUUGUGCUUUUCCAAAGACUCUGUACCAUUACUUGAAGUAUUUGACAGAAAAAGGAGCAACAACUACAAGCAUUAAGCAUAAGAGUUAUUGUAGUAGCCUAAGGAGAACAACUUUAUCCAUCAUUUUCCUUAGUCGAUUACAUGCACUCCUGUCCAAGAGUAGUUCUUGACAACCAUGUUAUAAUUCCAAAUGAUAUCAUUUUGGAUUGUCCAGAUGCAAUAUCUGCUACCUGCCUGUUUUUCUUCUAUAGAUCAAUUUGUAUGAGUGUGUUUUUAUGUGUGUGUAGCAUGUGUAAUUCAAACGUACGUGAAUAUAUAAUGAUGCAUGUAUCUAUUUUUAAAAGAUAUGAUAUACAACACAAUUUCUGGUGAUGCAUUAACACAAGUAUACAACUAAGUAAUGGUUUGAAGCAGUGGAAUGCAGGAUCAUAAGUAUUGGAACAUUAAAAAGAAAGCAGGGUCAUAAGUUGUUUUGAGGACCAUAAUCUAAU